AUGCAGCUCUCUGUGCUCCUCAGCUUCGCGUCCCUCGCGGCCGCUCUCCCCGCCACAGUCGCGCCGGCUGCCGCGCGGGAUGUUGCCGUCGCCGACACAUCUGUGGUUACCGUGCGCUCCGCCCCUGUCGUCGAAGACGCAGCCAUUCAUGCAGUCUUGAUGGCGAGGGAGGAUUUCGAGAGGGUCGUCCCUUGGCCCACUACGGCGGUCAUUGGCGGCGGGCCCAGCUUCCAGUACAAGGCAGAGCCCCUGGGCAACGACCAGUUUAAGAUCACCUUCUACCACAGCGCCCCUUUCAGCACCCUCACCUUCAAGUACACCGUCUACGCUGGUGAUGGUGUCGUGGCGACCGAGACCCUGUCCGCCGGAACCAGCUCCAAGGCCGUGGAAGUCAGCCGUGUUGGCGAGAGCUUCCGCAUUGUCAUCCAGUCGGUUUAA